AUGCAUCGAAAUGCAAGAUACGGAGGGACCAAGCAACCUCGUAAAAUUUUAAAUGUUAGAUGUUCAAAAUAUGAAGCCGCUGAAGCAAUUCAUUCAAAUAAAAAGUAUUGGAAAAAUGUAUUUAACGCAAUAGACUAUGCUAACAAAGGACCAGUGCGUAAAUUUUUGGAUAUUAAAUUCUCGAUUGAGGAACAAGAAAUUCGAUUACUAUCGGAAGCUCUACCUACAGAACUGUUUAGAAAGGUUUGUAAUAUUUUAAAUAUGAAAGCAAGUACAAAAGACUCCGAUAGGAAAUCCAAAUUUGAAGAUACACGUAAACGUCGUUUAACUAAAACGCCCUUCCUGUCUAAACGACAAACUUUUGAUAUAGACAGGGAUUUAGAAUCGGAUACAGAUGUUGAAGUUAGUACAAGUGAAGACGAUGAAGAAAAUAAGAAAUUAAGGAUGUACCAGGAAUUCUUGCGGAAACCAAUUCGAGAGCAAAUAACAUGGGCUUCCCAUUAUCUUGAACCUGAAAAAGAGGACGAAAAAACGCUUGUUAAAAAAGCUGAUGAUUUAACAAAUAGAAUAGCACAAGAGUUUUGUGAUUAUAUGAAAGAGCUGGGUGGUGAUCAACAAUCACAUUUAUUUACCCCCGGAGCAAUAAAAGAACUUUUUCAGGUCGAGUUUGACACCCACGUAGCUCGAAGUCUUCAAGUGGUACCAAAAGAACUUCCUUCUGUUAAUGAAGGUAUUGCCAAAGUUACGGAUAAUCUCAAGAAAUCACACUAUGCUGCCCUUGACCGAGAAAUAUCGAAAGAUAUCAAAGCGGAGGGUCGGAAAGAUCGCGUGAGAUGUUUCGGAUGCACGUUGCCGAGACGGGAGCAGUGGCGAACCCCUCGUAAUGACACUAAGACCCAAUGGAGGUCAGCCCGACACGUCCCUAGAGAUCUUGUUACUUUGAAAACUGUUUGGGAAGGUAUCACUAACCUUAGGAGCGUAAAAGAAUAUUGUCGUUGGAUGAUUGAACACCCAGAAUACCGAAGAGCUCCAUAUUUAAACAGCCUCGGGAUGUUUGACCAUGGGGUGUUAGAUGCGAGACUGACAUUCGAAUUGCAGCAAGAUACCAUUCCCGUAUCGCACACAGAUAUCCCUGCACCGAUUGAACAUAUUCGAAAACGACUGUCUGAAUUGGCUGACUUGAACUAA